GACUCUAGGUGAGCACCGCCGUAAGAGCUCUUUGUGAGCAGCUGCUUGUAUAGGCUUCUCCCCCGGAAGGAGGAUCACAUAGUGGAUUUGGAAAAUCCUUGAGUUGGUCUCAAGGCGUGUGCGUAGGCUUAGUGUCGAACCACGUUAACAUCGCUACGUUAAGCUUCUCCUCUCUUUUCUCUCUUGUGUUGCUUAAUCAUUGCUAUCUGCUUUAUUUAUAUAAUAUGAUAUAAUACUCUUGUUUUUGCCAAAAAAUUUGUGUGAUUGUAGAAAAAGGUGCAUAUUAGUGAAAGACGUCUAUUCACCCCCCCUCUAGACACAUAUUCGGGCUAUGAAGUGGUAUGAGAGCACCAGUCGCUAGACAUUCAGAGUAACUUCCAAGCGCAAAGAUCAAAAUGGCAAAUAUGUUUUCCUAAGGUCAAUCUAUGGAUCAUCUUCCCAAGUUUUGCGGAAUUAACUACCCGGCAUCGAAAUAUCAGAUGUCAAUCUUCAUGCAAGCCUAUGACUAGAAAAUGUGGAAUGUCAUCACCAAAGGGGACUACGUUUUCAAGAAUGAGGAAGGCAAUUACAUACCGAUUAGGAAACUUCCCGAGGCUAAUGCAAAGCUAGCAUAACUAAAUUUCAAGAAUAAAAUUUCCUUUAUUGUGCUGUAAAUGAUGAAGAAUACAACCGAAUCUUUGGAUGCAACACGGCAAAGGACAUGUGGGAAAAGCUAGAGGUAACAUAUGAAGGAAAAACCCAGGUUCAAAAUGAAUGGUGGCAGAGCCUACGCCGGCUGACCAUUGCCCUGUUUUUUUCACGAACAGACUCACUUUCAGUGACUACUGUUUGAUACCAACUUCAUGGGUUUGUCUUCCCUUCCACCGGAGCAAGCCCCGGAGUAUUUGGCUCCGACGUCGACUGCGAAUCCGGAUGUAGAUUCCGCCGUCGACGAUGGCUUUUCUGAUUCAGUUUUCCAAUACAUAGAGCAAAUGCUUAUGGAAGACAACCUGGACGAGGAGGGGAGCUUGUUGCUCGACCCUGCGGCUCGCCGAGCUGUCGAGAAACCGUUGUACGAAGCUAUGGGUAAGAAGUAUCCUCCCUCCCCUGCCCACCCACGAAGUCCCGGCUGUCCUAAUAAUAUUUCCCCGGAUUGUAAUGGUACAACUAGCAAUUGUUCUGUUUCUCCGUCCAACACUUCAGAAAUGAAAGGCGGGCUCAGUGGGACUUUCGAAAUGCAUCCGCCUUUUUUAAGUACACUUAAUUUUUGGACUACUAUUAGCGGGGACGAGUACAAAUUGCAGUUUCAAAGAGGCCAAGAGGAAGCUAGCAAGUUCCUUCCUCGUGGAAAUCUUCUACUUGUUAAUUUGGAAAACUCUAACACCAAGUUAACUCCAAAGUCGUCCAAGGACGAAGACAGUCCUGAUGCAAAGGAGGAUGACAGGGAGUAUUCGCCUGUUGUCGUGAGGGGAAAGAAGAAUCAUCAAAGGGAGGAUACGGAUGAAGAAGAAGGGAGGAGAAGAAAGCAAUUGGUGGUUUCGGGCGAAGAGGACGAGUUAUCAGAGAUGCUUGACAAUGUUUUUCUCUUUCCAGACAGUAGUGCAAGCGAGUCGUUGCCAGUGCAGAAUGUGGAAGCAUGUGGUUUUAACCCUGGGAAGGGGGCAAAGAGAACAGGAAAUGAAGAGUUAGUUGAUUUAAGGGCUUAUCUUGUUAUGUGUGCACAGGAUAUCGCUGCUGAAGAUUGGAGAACUGCAAAUCAACGAUUGAAGCAGAUUCGGCAGCACUCUUCUCCCUUCGGAGAUGGGUUUCAAAGGUGUGCCCACUAUUUUGCCAACGCCCUCGAAGCACGCUUGGCGGGCACUGGUAAUCAAAUUUUUGCUGCUUUGGUAUCUAAGGUACCAUCAGCUGCGGCCAUGCUGAAAGCUUACCGGUCUAUUGUUUCAGUCUGUCCACUUAGAAAGAUCUCUUUUUAUUUUGCCAAUCACCACAUUAUGAAUUUAGCCAAAAAGGCUAGGGUGAUUCAUAUUAUAGAUUAUGGUAUCCAUUAUGGGUUCCAAUGGCCCAUGAUUAUCCAAGAUCUCUCAACCAUGGUUAGUGGGCCUCCCAUGCUUCGUGUUACGGGUAUAGAGUUUCCCACACAAGGUUUUUGCUCAGGAAGAAUAGUUGAGGACACUGGCCGCCGUCUAGCAACUUACUGUAAGCGAUUUAAUGUCCCAUUUGAGUAUAAUUCUAUAGCAAAGAAAUGGGAAACUAUCGAAGUUAAUGACCUCAUGAUUGACAAAAAUGAGGUCAUCAUUGUUAACUGCCUGUUCCGACUGGAGUAUGUAUUUGACGAGACUAUUACAUUAAAUAGUCCGAGGAAUGUUAUUCUAAACUUAAUCCGAAAGAUAAACCCAAAUAUAUUCAUUCAUGGUAUUUGUAAUGGAAAUUAUAAUAUCCCUUUCUUUGUUACGAGGUUUCGAGAGACACUCUUCUACUACUUGACAGUGUUUGACACGAUGGAAACGAAUUUACCUCGUGAAAGUCAAGACAGAUUGAUAUUUGAAAGAGAGUUUUAUGGGAUGGUAAUUAUGAAUAUCAUAGCAUGUGAGGGUUCAAUGAGGUUUUGCAGACCCCAAACAUACAAGCAAUGGAAGGUUCAAAUUAUGAAAGCUGGGUUUAGGCAGCUCCGACUAGACACAAAACUUAUGAAUACAUUGAGGGCAAAGGUAAAAUCUAACUACCACAAAGAUUUCUUGAUUGAUAAAGAUGACCAAUGGGUGCUACAAGGAUGGAAAGGACGAGUUUUGAAUGCUCUCUCUUGUUGGGUUUCAAAUGAUUCUUGA